AUGCUGGAUGGAGUCGCCCAUGUCAAACAAGGAGGCGAAUAUAGAGUAAUGCCUUACAAGAAGCCAAAAAAACCAUUGUGUCAAUAUUUUGAAGAUGAUGAUUAUGUUUAUCCAAAACUGGCUGAAGUUUCUGAUUUUCCAUUGGAUAUUAAAGCAAACUGUCCACUGAAGAAGGGAACAUACAAAAUAAAUGGAUACUCUUUAGACUUAGAAAAAGUUCCUAAAGUUAUCGCCCCAUCUAGAGAUUAUGCUGCAGAGCUAAUUGGAUAUAAAAAUGACGUCAUGGUCUGUCAAAUUCGAAUGUAUGGAUCGAUUGCUCUACAAAUUCCAGCUGGUCAAAGCAACUCGUACUUUGAUGUUCAACUUGACCACGUUGAGCAAAUUUAUGCUGAUAAAAAAUACACUGACUGGUCUGGAGUUAAAAUCAAGAAAAUCAAUAAAACUCGGUCAAUGUUUGGUGAAGUUGUUUUCUAUCAAGCACUUGGGAAUGAAAUAAUGAUCCAAGGAAAUGGUUACAUGAAGCAAGGUGGAGAAUAUAAGCAGAUGCCAUACAGAGUCCCAAAAACUCCACUGUGUCAAUUCUUUGACGAUGACGUUUACGUUUAUCCAAAAUUAGCAGAAAAAUCUGAUUUUCCUUCGAAUGUUAAGGCUAAUUGUCCACUUAAAGAGGGAACUUACAAAAUAGACGGCUUCUUUUUGGACUUGGAUAAACUACCCAAAGUUAUUGCUCCAUCAGGUGACUAUGCAUCGGAGCUGACUUGGUAUAAAGAUGACGUCUUGAUCUUUCACUUCCGAUUGUAUGGAACAAUUGUAAAUGUUUAG